CAUUUGGACAAUAUGGUCUCAGAAGCAUUUUUUUCCCAGAAAAUGUUAUUAAAUAGAUUCUUUGUGUAACUAACUUGGUCCAUGGAUUUAUAUCCGGUUAAAAUAUCACGUGAUGCUGUAUACCCGUGAUCCAUGCGAUACUUAUCAAAGUUGUGCUAUAGUUUUAUAUUACACAAGGAAGAUAAUAGGACCGACUGUAGCGAGACGAAAGGAGUGGGUGCUAACCGGAGUGGGCGCUACCCGGAGGCCAGAAAGAGAUUCCUUGUUAGACGGGACGGAACAAAAAGUGGUUUGUGGAGAUGUGUCGCAGUGUGUCUAUGGCGCUGUCAAAUUGUGUCCAUGUCAAAUUGUGCCCAUGACGGUGAAAUAACAAAUCAGACAGCGUUUUCUUAUUGACUAGCAGAUGGCAGCCAUUUUGGUGAUGACGUUUGUUGUGUGGUUGCUUGCACACAAAGUUCAAGGCCACGGCAGGCUGCUGGAGCCCCCUUCUAGGGCGUCUAUGUGGAGGAUGGGGUUCAACACGCCCCCAAACUAUGACGACAACCAGCUCUUCUGCGGCGGGGUUAAGGUUCAGUAUGAGGACAACGGGGGCAAGUGUGGGGUCUGCGGCGAUCCCUGGCAGGGACCUCUAGAACACGAGCCCGGGGGGAAGUACGCCACCGGCACCAUCGUCCGGAAGUACAACGUCAAUGACGUCAUGCUUGUGGUCGUUGAGAUCACGGCCAACCACAGGGGGUAUGUCGAGUUCCGGUUGUGUCCUUCUGACGACCCUAUGGCUAAGAUAACCCAAGACUGUCUAGACAAGUACGUGCUCAAAAACACGACAGGAGCUUCGCGGUUUGCUGUUCCCGAAGGCGACUAUCUGACACGAUUGUUUAUUAAUGUCACCCUCCGCAUCCCGACCGGGCUGCGGUGUAGAGCUUGCAUGAUACAGUGGAAGUAUAAUGCCGGGAACAGCUGGGGAACUUUCCCAAAUGGAACCAGUUGCGUGGGCUGUGGGAACCAAGAACAGUUCUACGGCUGUUCGGAUAUCGCGAUAGGAUACGAUGACGUCGUUCUUGGCGUCACCGCUAAACCAAAUUACGUCAUACCGGAUAUGACGACCAAUGGCGUGAAGACGAAUGACAGUAUGCCGUGUGAGUACGCUGAUAUUCUGGGGCCGUGCCACGCAUGUUGUACGCGUGUGCACGUGUGGCUAAUUGGGGCAGCGGUUCUUUUUGCUCUCAGACUUUGUGUGAUGUAACAGUGGGAUGUAACACAGUGUGAUGUAACACAGUGUGAUGUAACACAGUGGGAUGUAACUGUGUGAUGUAACACAGUGGGAUGUAACACAGUGUGAUGUAACACAGUGUGAUGUAACACAGUGUGAUGUAACACAGUGUGAUGUAACACAGUGUGAUGUAACACAGUGUGAUGUAACAAAGUGUGAUGUUACACAGUGUGAUGUAACAGUGUGAUGUAACACAGUGUGAUGUAACACAGUGUGAUGUAACACAGUGUGAUGUAACACAGUGUGAUGUUACACAGUGUGAUGUAACAGUGUGAUGUAACACAGUGUGAUGUAACACAGCAUAAAGUAACACAGUGUGAAGUUACACAGUGUGAUGUAACACAGUGUGAUGUAACACAGUGUAAGCUAUCCAUCAAUUCUUCAUUGUUGGACCUUACUGUAAACCUUACAGAAACAUGUUUUUAAUGCACUAAAAAUAAUAGAAAAGAAUCUUUCUUGAGCUAAAUUAUUAAAAAUCAGCGUUGGUGGCACUAGAAAUGUUUUUUCAGGACAUUUUUGGAUGACAUUCCUCAUGACUAAAGCAAACUAUUAAAAACCCAAUUGGCUUUUAAUCCGUCUAAUAUCCUAAAUUAAAAACACUCUACUUGAGUUGUAUCUGACUUUUGUGAACUUUUUCUAAGAUGUGUGGUCAGAUAUUUAACAUGAACACCAAUUCACCUGUAAAAUCAAUGACAGAUCGGUUGGUCUUACAACCUAGUUAUUUCUCCUGUUCAUUAUACUAGCGAUUGAACUUAUAUUUAACUUAUUGAAUAGAUUGAAAAUUAGACAUUGCAUUGUCAUCGGAAGUGAAUGUAUUUGGAAAAUAAAGAAAAACCACUCUGUUAGCCAACAAGCAAACCAAUCCAAGGACAAGUUAAAACUAACCAUAAAUUCUACCAUAAUCACCGAACAACAUUUUUUCCCGCCAAACUCAAUGAAAACCAUGAUCUUGUUGAUUACAGCUCAUAACUACAACAUAAUUUUAAUUUCGACACACAAUAAUAAUGUUUGAUUUUUUAAUAUUUUUCAAUAAUGUUGAUAAAAUAAACAUGUUUGUUACUAUAUCUUUA